AGACAGAUAGGGAGGGACAGACAGGCAGAGUUAGUGAGUGUGUUUGUGUGUUCGUGUGGGUCAGACUGUGAGAGAUAACUAGAGUUGGUCUCAGGAUGCCAGCAUACGCCACCAACAUGAGGAUGAAGUUCCCAAUCGUGGCCUUGGUUUUGGAGAUUAUCACCAUCAUCCUGUUUGCUGUCUUUGUGGACUAUGAUGACGGGAAAGGUCACGGGCACCAAGACCAUAGCAAUCACACUCACAGCGAAGAGCCACCCAUGAAACUCUACCCCAUGUUUCAGGAUGUCCACGUCAUGAUCUUCAUUGGCUUCGGGUUCCUGAUGACCUUCCUGAAGAGAUACGGCUUCAGCAGCGUGGGCAUCAACUUACUCCUGGCCGCCUUCGGCCUGCAGUGGGGCCUCCUCAUGCAGGGCAUCUGGCACCUGGAUAAUGGCAAGAUCAAAAUGAACAUCUUCAAGAUGAUUAACGCAGACUUCAGCACAGCCACAGUCCUGAUCUCUUUCGGGGCUGUUCUGGGCAAAACCAGCCCUGUGCAGCUCCUCAUCAUGACCAUAUUGGAGAUCACCAUCUUCUCCAUUAAUGAACAUCUGGUGGUCGAGAUCUUCAAAGCAAAUGAUGUUGGAGCAUCUAUGAUCAUCCAUGCUUUUGGAGCCUACUUUGGCCUGGCAGUUGCUCGAGUACUUUACAGGCCAGGUUUGAGAAACGGACAUGAGAAUGACGGAUCUGUUUAUCACUCCGAUCUGUUUGCUAUGAUUGGAACUGUCUUCCUGUGGAUGUUCUGGCCCAGUUUUAACUCAGCCAUCGCUGAAGGGCCCCUUCUUCAGCUCACGGCAGUGAUCAACACCUACCUCUCCCUGGCUGCCUGUGUGCUCUCUGCCUACGCCAUCUCAAGCCUCGUGGAGCACAAAGGAAAACUGGACAUGGUGCACAUUCAGAAUGCCACCUUGGCUGGUGGUGUCGCUGUGGGAACAUGUGCUGACAUGAGCAUCGGGCCAUUUGGGGCGAUGCUGAUUGGAUUCGUGGCUGGCAUCAUCUCUACCCUUGGCUUCAAGCUCCUCAGUCCCAUCCUGGCAUCGAACCUCGGCAUCCAGGAUACCUGUGGAGUCCACAAUCUGCACGGCAUGCCUGGCAUCCUCGGCGGGUUGGCUGGCAUUGUGGCUGUGGCUUUGAAGAAAAAAGAUGGCAAUGCUGCCAUGCAAGCUGCUGCCUUGGCUUCAUCCCUCGGGUUCGCUCUGGUCGGAGGUGCCAUUACAGGUUUUAUAAUGAAGUUGCCCUUCUGGGGACAGCCUCCAGACCAGAACUGCUUUGAUGACUCCAUUUACUGGGAGGUUCCUGAGGAAGAGGAGGAGAAUGAGGAGAGCUUGGCUCACGCCGAUCACUCAAAGAACAAGGCAGAGGUUUAAAUAUCUGCCCAGAGUCCACUAAUCUGGAAACGAAGGAGAAUAAUUAAUCAGCUACACCGUGUCUGCAUAGAUCAACUUGUCAGUCUUGUCGAGACUAGACAAUUUACGCCACUCAUCAACACAAAAACCAGGACUGUGGUCAGUUCUGAAGAAAUACAAUGACACAUCAUCAUAGUAUGAGGGUGUAAUGAUUAAUUAAUUAGUUGUCAACUAUGAAUUUAAUCAUCAAAGUCUAGCUCCUUCAGUGUGAGUAUUUUUCUGGUUUCUUUACUCCUCUAUGACAGUAAACAGCAUAACUUUGGUUUGUGGACACAACAAGACGUUUGAGAACAUCAUUUUAGGCAUUAAGAAACACUGACAUUUUUUUUCCCAUUUUAUAGAACGAACAACUAAUCGAUCAAUUGAGGAAAUUAUCAGCAAUGAAAUAGUAAAAAUAAUUGUCAGCUGCAGCCCUGGUAUAGUUUCCAUUUAUAAUUAGAAAGGUCAGUGAAAAGUCCAAAGUACACAGCUAGUUUUUCUAAAAUAAAGAUUUCAUUAUUUGAAAAGAGAACAGUGACCUUCAGGGAUUUCUUCAUUUUCCUUAACACUGAAAAUCGCCAUGACUCAACAGUCAUGAGCAGCUGUAGAAAAAAACCACAGUGGAUCACACCAGAGCUUCACUGCCUUCACUUCCAAAGGCUUUUUUUUCAGUUUUUUAUUUUUCUAUUAACAAAAAGCGUAAAUGCAUGUCUUAAGAUAUUAGUAUAGUGUGUAUUUUUUGUCAUAUGCUCUUUUAUAUUUCUGUAUGUAUUUCUGCUGAGGCUUAGGUCAAAGAAAGUGUUACCCGCCUUGACCUGCUGCUUCACAUCACCUCACUGGAGCCCAGUCCUUCUGCGGGGAGUCAGAGUCAGCCUGAGCUCUGACAUGGGCAGGGAUAGUCGUAUUAUACCUUGUAACUAAUGAACCCUCAGGUUACUUAUCUUCUACUGCUUACAGUAAUUUUCUAUCUGAGGGCAGCUGUACUACUGCUUUAAUGCAAUGAGGAUCGCAUUCAGAGCCGUGCAUUUUAAGCAUUAGACUGGCUGUCACUGGACGAGCUGAAGCACAUAUUUUUGUGUUUUAUCUAUAUACAUCCAGUAUACUCUUGAUUUGACAUGGUUGGUUUUAUGAAGGCCUUGCGAGGUUAAAAAAGAGCUACUGGUACUGAAUAUUUUUCAGACAUCUUUUAAAGAAUUCAACAGGAACAUACACACCUAAAAAUGAGAAAGUUCAGGCAUUUACACGUGGUGCUAAUGUGACAAUUAGCUUAAUUUUUAUUUACAAUUUUCACAGUACAAUUUUAUGCAUCAGUUUGCCUGUUUUUUUUGUUCUGUUUGGUUAUUGUUGAAUUCUUUUUAAUUCUGAGUUUUGGUCCGUCACACCUGCAACAAUCCUCCUGUGUAUAAGUGUAUAUUGGAGAGCAGCUAUUGCUUGCUUCUCAGCGUCUUUUUAAGCUGCACGGUGUUGGAGUGUCUUUAACAAUAACCGUUUGGACUGCAGGGCUGGAUUAAACUGACUACACACAUAGUAGUGUUAAUCAAUGAUAUUUUGGUUUGUCAAAUGAUUUUUGAUGCCCAGAACACUGAGACACAUCAAGAUUUUGUAUUUUUAUACAGUGGGCAUGUGCUUGUAUUUGUAUAAUAUACUAAUACUGUCAUAAUAAAGAUGUUUUUGUACAAUA